AUGGCCGAACAAAUGGGUACCCCUAAUUCCAGUGCUGACCUUUCAGUAAAUGGAGGCAAGAAUUCUGCACCAAAAGAUAAGAAUUGUCCGUUCUGUCAUCAAGCAUUUACCUCAUCCUCACUUGGCCGCCAUCUCGAUCUUUAUAUAAAAGAGAAGAAUCCCAAAGCGGCAGAUGGUAUACAUAGUGUGGAUGAAAUAAGGAAGCUUCGUGGAGGUAUUACCAGGCGGCAGCCACGUAAUUCUACAUCGAGAAGGGAAGAUUCGACACCCGCAGGGACACCUGGGGGGUCGGAAAGGAGAAGUCCUAAUAAUGAUUCGGAUAUGACAGGGAGUGACUCUCCAAGCUUGAGAAGAGAUGAUGGCGCGGCCCUGAAUAUGAUGUGUAUGUCAAGGGGGGUACCAACCCAGAUGGGCAAUCGAAGAACCAACUUUGUUGUAAAUGGCGGUACGUGGGAGUCAACGGGGGUCAUGAAUCACAUACCUCAAGCACGAAACGGCGAACCUGCUCGAAGUUGGGAUGGAGAUGAGUCCAGAGAUGGGACUAGAAGAUUAGAUGGCAGGAAUAGGUCUGUCAGCAAACAAAUGCUUGCGAAAACGACAUUUGAACAGAAACAAAAGAUGAUGGAAGCUUUGGAUAAUGCAAAAGCGGCAGAAUUAGCCUUGAGGGAACUUUUAGGAAGUUUUAGAGCGGCCAAACAACGAAUCGAAGGGCCCAACAUUUUUGAUUACGAUCCUUUUAGCUUGGAUUUCCCUGCUCUUACACUCCAUUGUCUGCCACCGCCACCAACCCUCUACGCGUCCACUCCUAUCCCGAACUCUUCAUCGUGGUCUAUCCUUCCCCCAGAUGAAUUACAAUACCAAGCAUUGCGGAAGCACUUCUCCUCGGAGUUCCAUCGCUACCGCAUUUCAAUAUCCAUUGCUACGACAGCUCCACAAGACGAUCUAUCAUAUCCCCCGCAAGAGAGUUUCAAUCUCGAGAACCUUGCUGCACUACAUCAGCAAGCGGAAGCAGAUGCUCAAAGCAUGGAGGCUAGGAUUUCCGAGCACUUACAUUCAAUGUUUGGACACUGGAACUCAUUACCCCCGAAUACAAGGACUGAACUUUGGACUCUCGAAUUAGCUCGUAAUAUUGGUCGGAAGUCUGAAGAAAUAUCCAAGUUGAAGAAGGAAAAGGAACUCUUACAACAGGAAACUGCCCACUCAAAAUUACAAGUCGAGGAAUUGAGUCGGUUACAACAACCUAGAGAGUUCAGGAUACAACCACCUUCACCAAUACCUAUUGACUCAGGUCUUAUGGCCGAAAUUGGGAAAAACGGAACGAACUAUAAAGCCGUUGGUUUUCAACUCAUGGAUCGAAGUUUGCAUAUUGAUACAGCAGUGGAACGAGCAAUUGGUCGCUGGAAAGGUGUUGUUAAGCAAGCUCGAGGUGGAUCUGGACAGUCCGGGUCUGCUGGCAUGGCUGCACAAAAGCCACUUGAGAGUAACGUCAACGAAGGAUUACCUCCCUCGAAUGCACCACAACUUAACUCGACAAUAACAAGUCAACCGUUACAAGAGGAUACGCAGGAUAUUGGAAGCGACCAGGAUGCAGAUGGGGAUGCAGAUAUGGAAGAAGAUGAUACAUUCGUCGAUAUGACAGAUGUUAAUGCUGCUGUUCAACGUGCACCUGAAGCACCAAUGUCCAACACAACAAAUUUCCGGUUGGCAAAUGGAGGAAUUAAUAUGCAGGGUGUUAAUGCUGGUGGUAAUUCAAGAGGGAACGUAAUGGAGGGUAUUGAGAAUCAAACCCACGUGCAGGGAUAUGUGAGAAUUGGAGCCUGA